AUGGCCAUUCCAUCCGCCGAAAAACCAGACAUCACAAUGAUUGAUGACCGCUCGAUCGACCGGGCAGACGCCGAGAAAGGGCAGAACAUCCGAACCAUAGACAACUUCCGUGUUCUCGGUUUAACUGAUGAUGAUGUCGAUUUCUACGAGAACUUUUCCGAUGAAGCGCGGAAGAGAGUAGUUCGUAAGGUUGACGUUCGCCUCAUCCCCAUGCUUGCUGUCCUGUACCUUAUUUCUCAUCUUGAUCGAGCCAACAUCGGAAACGCCAAGAUCGAGGGACUUGCAGACGACCUACACCUGACCGGACUCCAAUACAAUCUUGUCCUCUCUCUAUUCUUCGUCCCUUAUGUCCUUCUUGAGGUGCCAUCCAACAUACUUCUUAAGAGGUUCAGCCGGCCUAGUCUUUAUCUCGGUACCCUCGUCACAUCCUGGGGCGUCAUCAUGACCCUCCACGGAGUGACCAAGAACUUUGGCGGCCUCCUCGCCGUCCGGAUGCUCCUGGGCGUCAUGGAGGCCGGAUUCUACCCCGGCGCCGUCUACCUCUGCACCUUCUGGUACAUGCCAAAGCAGCUGGCCACGCGCAUCGCCUACUUCUACUGCACGAGCGCCCUCUCCGGCGCUUUCUCCGGUCUGCUCGCCGCUGGCAUAGCGCAGAUGGACGGCGUCGGAGGCUACGAGGGCUGGAGGUGGAUCUUCAUCCUUGAGGGCAUCGCGACGGUGGUUCUGGGCGUCGCCUGCUUCUUCCUCCUCAUCGACUCCCCUCGCCUCUCCACCGGCUGGCUCACACUCGACGAGAUCCGCUUCCUCGAGCUCCAGGGCUUCAUCAAGCAGGGCGGCCGCUUCAGCGACAUCGAACAGGAGAAGAAGUUCAACUGGCACGACCUCAAGAUGGUCCUCACCAACUGGCGCCUCUAUCUCCAGGCCUACAUCCUGCUCGUGCAGUCCGCCUGCAGCUACGGCACCAAGUUCACCCUGCCCACCAUCGUCAAGGGCAUGGGCUUCACCAGCACCAACGCCCAGCUGAUGACCGCCCCCGCCUACGUUGCCGGUGGCAUCUCGUCCAUUCUGUUUGCGCGCCUCUCCGACCACUUCCACUGGCGCAUGCCUUCUUGUGUAGCCCCUCUGACAAUCAUGACCAUCGGCUAUGGCAUCAUCAUGGGCCUGCAGGGAGAUCUCAAGGGCUCACACAUCGGACCCGGUUACUUUGCCAUCGUCCUCACCACAAUCGGCAUCUACCCGUUGAAUCCCGCCGGAAGCGCCUGGGCAGGUUCCAACCUGGCGCCGACCAACCGCCGAGCCAUCGGUGUCGCCUUCAACAUCUGCGUCGGAAACCUGGGCGGAAUCGUCGGCAGCUACAUGUACCUUGACAAAGAGGCACCCAGGUACCAGACUGGUUUCGGCCUGUCGCUUGCCUUUGGCGGCACCGCCAUCAUCGUCGCUCUUCUUUUGGAGCUGAGCUAUAAGCUGGGCAAUGCUCGCAAGGCCAAGCUGACGGAGGAGGAGAUUCGUGACAAGUAUACUGAGGAUGACUUGUUGAAGCUUGGAGAUAAGAGUCCGUUGUUCAAGUAUACCCUGUGA